AGGACGCGGAGCGGGAGUGACGAGAAUAACAUUGCACUCUCUGCUCCUUGGAUGACAAGCGCUCCUUUCUCCUUCUCCUUCUCCCCCCCCGGACCGCCUCCCCACCCUGCAACUCCUCCGAACAAGUCACCGUCUCACCUCCUCCUUUUCCCUCCCUCUCUCUCUCUCUCUCUCUCUCUCUCUCUCUCUCUACGCCCGUCUCCGCGUCUUCCUUUUAAUCUUAAAUGUAGGAUACUUUAUUGUCUCCCCACCCCCCCUCUCCAUCCCGCACUCCCUCCCUCCCUCCCUCCCAUCCCAGAGAUGCGCGCAAUGAGAAAUCUUUAGUCGCCAGUGACUUGUCACAGCAGCAGCGUCGGCAGUUCAACCCGGUUCCGUGUUGAAGACACCACCAAACAGCCCGGGAUCUCAGUCAGACGUGUUUUGGAGAUGCUUCUGCCUCCACACAUUGACACGUUGGAAUCGUGCGCUGUCGUUUAAACACUGAAUCCUGCGCUCCGACGCGCGUUUCUGCUCAUUAAAUUUUUUUCUCCCUUAAUAGCAGCUUUUUGACCUUCUAGUGGAGUGACAUGGAUGAUUUAUGUACGUGCAAAGUUUGACCGACGCCAGGGGCCGAGGGGACACCUUGUGGUGUGCGCACAGUGGACCACCUGUCUGCGGAUCUGGUGCAAGCGUGCGCCAAUGUUACUCGGUUAAUUGAGAGGAGGACGGUCAUUCUUUUCGUCCAGGACUCAACUUCAAAGCGAUCAGGCAUUCCGCGUUCUCUAGUGUUUAGCGGGGGUUUGCAGCCUCGGUGAGAAGGGGAUGUUGUUUCCAACGUGCUCAUGGAUAUAGCCCGAUAAUGAUUGUAUUAUUGACACUUGGAGUAAGGUCCGUCACUUGAGUGUCUCAGCCCUUAUCGACUUUUGUGGAAAGCCUUCUAAAUGGGAGGAUACCUGGAGGACUGACUCGGAUUUGGUGUCGAGAGAAUGUGGAUUAAACGGUGUAUAACGCGCAGUCCGAUGUCUGCUCUGAGGCCAGGUUCCUCCCCGGCGCACCACAUCUGGAUCCUGCUGGCCGUGGCGCACCUGGCCGUGGACCUCUCCGCCUGCAGCCCCCUCAGCCCGGCCCCGGGGCUCAAGCUCCAGCACAAAGCGGCGCCCCGCUCCCGGCCCCACUGGCAGCCCCUCUGGGACAGCCCCAACAUGCUCCACUGGAGGACUGUGAGCCCCCUGGCCCGGCGGCUGCUCAGCCCUGUCUCCCCGCCCCACGACGGCAGGGCCGGCCUGGGCUCCAAGGUCAGGGUUCAGAGGCAUCGGAAACCGCUACGCCGUCUGGGCCCGGCGGAGUGUAAGGACUGCGAUUGGAUAUACUCUCAGGCUGCCGAUUCGCCGGUGCCGUUGGGCGGCGCUGCCGUCGCCGCCGCCGCCGCCGCAGUUGCGUUGUCCCGCGGCGGCAAGCGGGACAACGUGAGGUUGUCGCCGCGGAUGAGGAGGCAGCUCAUGUGGGAAAGUCCUGACAAUGUGCCGGAGGGCUGGACCACCACCCAGGCAGGAUUUAUCGACUGGGGACCCACGGGGCCACCGGUCGAUACCCCGGACGAGGAAGGCAAACCCGGGCCCAACUUGACCCUGUCCACCAAGGCCUUGAGCACCACCACGGUGGCCAGCACCACCACCUCCAGUACCACCAAGGUUCCCAUUUGGACUAGUCCCGUGGCGACCACGCCGCAGAGCAAGAAGCAGAACACCACCAAGGCGGCGGUCAGCUUGGGCGAUACCAAACCACCAAAGCCAUACGGGGAAACACCAGGGUUGGCAGUGCACCAGAUCAUCACAAUCACUGUGUCUCUCAUCAUGGUGAUCGCGGCCCUGAUCACAACCCUCGUCCUGAAGAACUGCUGUGCGCAGUCGGGGACCGGCCGCCACAAUAGCCAUCAGCGCAAGAUCCACCAGCAGGAGGAGAGCUGCCAGAACCUGACCGACUUCACGCCUGCGCGCGUGCCCAGCAAGGUGGACAUCUUCACAGCCUACAACGAAAGCAUGCAGUGCUCGCACGAGUGCAUGCGGACCGCCGUGCCCAUCUACACCGACGAGAUGAUCCAGCAGACCCCUGUCUACAAGAGCUCCUACAACGGAAACAGAAAAGUGCUGCACGACCAAGUUGAGAACAAGUGGACUGAGGGCAGAAAAGCCACAGGAAGCAGAAGGAAGAGACCCUCUCCGAGCGAAAGGCAGCUGAUUCCCGUGGCCUUUGUUUCGGAGAAGUGGUUUGAGAUCUCCUGCUGACCGGCUGCGCGGCCCGGUUCACCACUUCACCGUGCUCGCCACAGACGUACCGGACCCAGGCUCUGAACGUCAACGUUAAAGGAGCUACAAACACACACACGCACACACACACACUCACACUCACACUCACAUGCACACGCACAC